AUGUCGUUUGCAUCGGUAAAUGACAUAACGUCAAGACUUGAAAAGCUGGAACAAAAUAUAACUUUAACUUUGCAAGAAAUCGAUCAUAACUUUUCAACGUGUCAAUAUAAAGUUACAACAAAAAUUUUACCGCAAAUAACGCGUUUUGCCUGUGCUUCGGAAGACAUUUGGGAGAAUUCAAAGUUGUGGUGGUCAUUCUUCGAGUCUUUAGAUUUAACUACAAAUGAUUCAUUUUCAGCGACAUCAUCUGAGGAUUACAUCAAUAUGAAAAAGAAACUUGUUAUUAAUGAAACUUCAUCAUCGAGAUCUGAUACAAGUAAAAUCACAACAAUUAACUCGAUAUUAACAAAUCCUUCAAAUUAUAAUUCAUUGACUUCAACACCUUUACAAGAGCCACAAUAUAUUCAUGGGAAUCUUAGUAACAACAAUCAUAGUGAUAUUAAUACGAAUACGACAUUAACUUCAGAACAAUGUAUUUUACCACCACAAUCAUCUUCAGCUUGUACGGAUAGUGAUUAUGAAUUCGCCGGAAUUUCACCACCUGUUACCUUUCAAUUUUCUGUGGCACCUUCUAAAUUAUUGAGGACUCCGGCGAAAGAAGCAGCUAAACUUAUCGUAGAUGAACUUGUCAGUUGUAUGAGUCCUGAUAUAUUAACUCCAUCAAAUUCAAAUAAAGGUUGGUGA